AUGGGAGAUCAAGAAUCAUCUUCUUCCCUCCCUCCCAACUCCACCACAACCACCGACAUGUCCAACGACCUUGCUAUUCCGUUAUCACUCAAAUUUCUAAUCUCUAAUAUCAAGAACCUCAUUCCCCACCCCCUUUCUCCUGAGAAUUAUGCCAUUUGGCGUCUCCAAGUUUCACAAAACUUCUCCGCCAAUGGUUACUCCGAUCAUCUCACCGGGAAAUGUCUUCCUCCACCUGACUCCACCUCCGUCGAUUCUGCUCGAUGGCACCUCAUCGAUAGUCAUCUAAUCUCUGCACUCUUCUCUACUAUAUCGCCUCCUCUUCUUCCCUAUGUCAUCACCGCUAAAACUUCGCAAGAAGUCUGGAUGACGCUCGAACACCGGUUACAAUCCACAAGCCGAUCUCGAGUUAUACAACUCAAGAACGAGCUUCAUCAUAUACAGAUGAACAAUCUUACUAUGCAGCAAUAUUUGUCGCAAAUCAAGAAUAUAGUAGACAAUAUCGUUGCCGCCGGUACCAAGAUAGAUCCGGAAGACGUAGUUCUCUACACCCUCAAUGGACUACCACCUUCCUACAACUCGUUCAAAACGGCGAUCCGCACUUCUCCACUACCGGCUGAUCUCAAAAAUCUCUAUUCACUGCUCUGCAGUGAAGAGAUUCACAUAAAUCAAGAUUUACAAAAAGAUCAUUCAGCUCUCAAUGCUACAGCCCUCUAUGCUACUUCUCAAAAUCAGUCCAGAAACCGUUAUCAAAAACGGUUUAACAAAUCCAAGAAUCCUCAACCUCGGCAAUCCGACGGCAGUGAGGCCAUUCCUUCUCCGCCACGCCUUCUACAGCUCGCCCAACUUGCCAAAUCUGUGGCAAGAUUGGCCACAUUGCCAUUAACUGCUGGCACCGGUGCAAUUUCAAAUUCGCACCCACAAUAA